AUGGUCGCCAUCAAUUGGGCCGGUGGUUGGCAUCACGCCAAGCGGUCUCAAGCUUCUGGUUUUUGCUACUUUAACGAUAUUGUGCUGGCUAUUAUCCGGCUUCUAUCGUUCUCCGAUCGUCUCAUAAACAACGUCAUUUCCCUCAAAACUGACACAUCUUCCAUUCUUAAAGGACUUGGCCUCCGACCUUCAACUCCCGCACGCAUUCUUUACAUCGACUUGGAUCUGCAUCAUGGUGACGGUGUGGAAGAAGCCUUCUGGAUUUGUCCUCGAGUGGUCACCUUUUCGAUACAUCAUUCAGCCCUUGGCUUUUUCCCCGGUACCGGAUGUGGCAUUCUUGUGGCCGAACCGCAGUCUCGAUUCGAUCAUGGCCCCGCAGAGCCUGCCUCUCUUCGACUUCACUGGCCCACUGGAUCCGGCCGUGGUCAGCAUUCUGCCUUUAACCUUCCACUUAGUAGGUUCAUAUUAAUUUGCGUUUAUUAUCUUUUUAUCCUGUGCGUCCAUCUAUCUCCAAUUUAA